AUGAGCGGUCGGUCCACGCCCACAAUCCCGAACCUUCGGGUAUUAGUCGUGGACGACGACGUGUUGUGUUUGAAAAUAGUCACGAAGAUGUUGCAGAAGUGCGGAUACACGGUGACAUCCACGACGUCUUCUGUGACCGCGUUAGAAUACUUGCGAACGAAGAAGGAGGAAUUCGAUAUCGUUUUAUCCGACGUGCACAUGCCCGAUAUGGAUGGUUUUAAACUUUUGGAGCAAAUCGCUUUGGAUAUUGAUAUCCCGGUGUUGAUGAUGAGUGUGAACGCGGACCAAUCGGUGGUUUUAAGAGGGAUCAUUCACGGUGCGGUCGAUUAUCUGUUGAAACCGGUGAGAAUACACGAGUUGAAGAAUAUCUGGCAGCACGUGGUGAGGAAAAAUGGGCCGGAUUCGUUGCAGCGGUCCGGGUCGAUGUCAAUGUCGCCGGCGAGGUCGGGGAGAGGGAGUCCGGAGAAGGAUUCAGGAAUGAACGCGACGUCGAAUGGGACACACAUGAAUAAAAAAUUAAGAACGAUUGCGGCGGCGAAUAAUGCCGUGUCGACGGACGCGAGCGCGGCAGCGAAGGGGAAUAAGAAACCGAGCACGGUGGAAGGCGUAGCACAGUUACAGCAGCAGCAACAACAACAACAACAAACGACAACGAGCGGCAACGAUAAUAAUAACAACAACAACAAUAACAGUACAGCUCCGGUGCCACUGCCGGGAGGUGCAGGACCAGGACAGCAGCAGCAGCAAAACCAGAUAAACGUACAAGGACACCUUGGGGGCGGUCACCCGCCAUUGCAAUCGACACAUCAACAACAACAACAACAACAACACGUAGACGGGAGCGCAUCCGCAAUACCAUCCGCAAGGCGUCCUCCGCCGAUGGGGUACUUGGAUCCAAACAACAUGAUGAGUGGUAAUCCUACUACUGCUGGCGGCGUGGAUAUGAAUGGUAUGCCGAUGCAAGGCAACGGAGCGCCUGGAGCUGGUCAAUCGGGUGGAAGUUCAGGCGGAGGCUCGAAAAAACCUCGCGUAGUUUGGUCAGCGGAGCUGCACCAGCAAUUCGUGAACGCCGUGAACCAGUUGGGCAUCGAUAAAGCAGUGCCAAAGCGUAUCUUGGACUUGAUGAACGUGCAAGGAUUGACGAGAGAAAACGUCGCAUCACACUUACAAAAGUAUCGAUUGUAUUUGAAGCGUUUACAAGGUGGACCGAACAAUCCGAGCGGUCCGGGCUUUUUGAGUAACAAAAUAGCGGGCGGCGCGACUGGCGCCUCCAAACCAUCCGGAUCUGGGAAGAGCAAGAAUAAUGCGAGUAAAGUUAGCGUACCUGGUGGGAGCUACCAGUUUCAUCCUGGAGUUGGAGCGCCUCCGCAGCAGUGGAAUCAAGGAAUGCCGCCGCAACAACAUCAACAACAACAACAACAACAACAACAACAGGCCCCUCCACACAUGGUUGCGGCCGGAGGACCCGGCGGAAUGCCUCCGCAACAACACCCUCCACAAUAUUCCACGUUUCCACAUCCACAAGGUGUAAUAACGCCAGGCCCACCACCCCCAGGAACGGUUCGUUACGGUUACGGACCCGUACCUAUCGACGCGUCUUCGUUUACGCCAAUCCCGCUGGAUUUUGAUGACACCGGUCUCGGUCUCGGCAUCGGCACGUCCAAAGGCAGCUUCGGAAGUAAGUCAACCGACGAUAUGUUGAGCAUGUUUUUGAAAGACGGCGAUCCCGAGUCGAUUUUGUAA